UCGAGCGGGGCUUGCCCGGGCAUGUAGAAGCUGCCGGCUGUCCGGACGCCACGUGCGGGAGGGAGGAGACGCGCCCGGCUUCAGGCUGCUGCCCUGUUGGCAGGGUGAGCGGAUUGGGAUGGUACCCUGCGAAGCCACUGGGUCCGCCCAGUGCCUCAGCCCUUCCCUGGCCAACCCGAAUGCCAAGGAUGUGCUUCGGAGGAAGCACAAGAGGAAGAGCCGGCAGCACCAGCGCUUCAUGGCCCGGAAGGCGUUGCUGCAGGAGCAGGGACUGCUGGGCAUACCCCCAGAGCCAGGAGCUUCCCCGCUGCCCAUGCUGUCGGAGGCACUGCUGGGCACUGACGCUGCCCGCAGUGGGCGGCAGCGCCCAGGGGCUCAGACUGGAGAUGCCCCAUGUAGCAGAAAGACCACCCACAGGGAAUCCGGAGGGCCCUUGCCCAGCAAGUGUGUGGCUAUCGACUGUGAGAUGGUGGGCACGGGUCCCCGAGGGCGGGUGAGCGAGCUGGCCCGCUGCUCAGUGGUGAGUUAUCACGGCGAUGUUCUCUACGACAAGUACGUCCGGCCUGAGAUGCCCAUCGUGGACUUCCGCACCCGCUGGAGCGGCAUCACCCGGAAGCACAUGUGCAAGGCUAUCCCCUUCCAGGUGGCCCAGAAGGAGAUCCUCAAGCUCCUGAAGGGCAAGGUGGUCGUGGGGCACGCGCUGCACAAUGACUUCCAGGCCCUCAAGUACUUCCACCCUCGGAGCCAGACUCGCGACACCACAUACGUCCCAAACUUCCUCAGCCAGCCUGGCCUCCACACCCGGACCCGGGUCUCUCUGAAGGACCUGGCCCUGCAGCUGCUGCACAAGAAGAUCCAGGUGGGCCACCACGGGCACUCGUCAGUGGAGGACGCUAUGACAGCCAUGGAGCUCUACCGGCUGGUGGAGGUGCAGUGGGAACAGCAGGCCAGCAGCCUGCAGACCCACCCUGAGGACAGAGAGCCAGACAGCAGCACGGACAUGGACCAGUAUAUGGAGGACCAGUACUGGCCUGAGGACCUGGCCCCGAGCACAAGUGGGGGAACAGCGGGGGAGGUACAGGGCAGGAAGGAGUGAGGGGAGAGAGGCCUUAGGCGUGGGGGGUCAGGCUUGGAGAGCCUGGGCACUUCAUCCUGGGCAGGCCGGGUGUGGCCAGAGUGUCCCCAGGUCCUCUGUCCUGACUCCCUGCUCAGAGCAUAGCCCUCCUCCCUCCAGGGCUGUUGGCCUUUCCUCCCCAACCCCUUCGUUUUGCUAAUGGCACUUUACAGACACUAUGAGAUAGUCAGGUGGACCAGCCACUGGGGCCCAGCAGGAGUAGAGAAAGCCCGGCACACAGCCCCAGGCUGUCACUGGCCUUCCCCGCCCCGCCCCGUGCUGUCUAUCUAAAGGGCCAACCCUCCCUCCCUGGAGGGGGGGGGGUAUGUAGGAGCUCCCUUAUCUCAGUGACUUGGGGUAAAGUUCCCUUCCUGUUGUGGCUAUCUACCUCUUCCUCCAGAAUCCUCAGGUUCAGAAGAAAUGUGCCCUGAAGCCAUUGUAGGAGCUCAGUGCCAGGACAGGCAGAGUAACUGAGCCCACAGGCCCGUGUUGCUUGCUUAACAUGCUUGGUGCCUGCAGUCACCGGACACAGCUCGUGGCGGAGGGAAAGCAGGAUAAGCUUUGGAUGGAGACUGGCAUAUUUAUUUUGACCCAACCAGGCAUUCCUCCUGUCCACCUAGCAGUGGGCUCUCUAAGCAAAAGCCUGAGAAACAAGACAGCAGUUUGAGUCCCGAGACACCUGUGUGGAAUCACUCCCAAGGGACCUUUGUGUAUUUGGAGCAAGGCCACCAGUCUAUAGGGUAGCAGAGUGCGUGUCCGCCAGGGCUGGGGCCAGAUGUUGGCCCCUGUGCUGUGUGUCCGCACUUGGCCUGGCUUCCCCUUAGUCGCUUUGAUUGGCAGUCCCUAUGGUUACUGGGUUUUCUCCAAAUGUCUGAAAAUGUUCUCUCUCAGAAUUUCAUCCCCACUCCUUUUUGUUUCCUAAGGGGCAGUUUAGGGGUGUUGGGGUAACUAAGAGCUCAGGCCACUUGCCACUGGAUAGCUUUGAGACCUUAAGCAAAUACGUGACUCCACUCUUGAGCCUGUUCCUCAUUUUUAAAACGGGGACGGUGAUGCAGCCUGCCUGUCACAGCUGGCAGGAGGCUGAUACACGCUGAGCCAGGGUCCGUGUGAGCAGCUCUUUUUUCUGUAAGGAUUAGUUUCAGGGUCUCUGAGUAAUACCUGCGCACACACACCCCUUUGGUCAGGGGCCGUGGCCCAGACAGAACUGUCCUUGCCUGGCUGUCCCCCAGGUGGACCAUGGGGCUGGGUGAGGAUGGAAUGCAGAGGGUCGGGGUCCUCGCUGGUCUUUGUGGCUGGGUGACCUGUGUAUACUCAGCAUCCAUCUGCUGUGUGCACAAGGUGACAGUGGUUUUUCAUGGCAGCCUGAGUAAAACAGCAGGACCAGGAAGGGGGAGAGACACUAUCAAAACCACACUACAAGCCAGGGGCCAUAGAUGACGUUGUGUCACCACCCCCUUGUCUCCAGACUACGGAGCUGGCUGAGUUAGCGACCGCUGCUGGCCUGCCUCUGUUCUCGAUUCCUUAACAGUAUGUAGCUGGUGCCAAACCCAGAGCUGAGCAGUAGCUUCGAUUCUUCAGUCUGUGGGUUGAAGGAAAAUGGACCUGUUACCAGUGGGGAAAUGUACUGGAUUUAAAAACAGCUUUGUUGUAAAACCGUUUGUUCUGGAUUAAAACUCAAUUGGGAAAGUGGGCGAAAUGACCUUUUCUGUGGAUUUGCAGGUGAGGUGGGAGGGUGGCUUGGUGGCGAGGUUGAGGGUGCCAGGCCCUGAGCCUUGCUGGUGCUUUGGCCUGUGAGCUGGGGACUUUCACAGUUGUGCUCUGGGGUGUGGCAAGAAAAUAUUACAGCUGUGGAAUUAAUAUGGCUUAUUUAAAAUUUUAUAUAACCUCUGUAAUAGAGCAUAAAGUAAUAGAGCAUCUCCCUGAUGCUAUGUACUCACUUUUAAAAAAUCUUUUAAAAUAAAUGUUUAGUUCUAAUUGUGAUAAAAUAUACCAUUUAUCAGUGUAUGGUUCA